AAAACUGAUAACAAUUUAUAUGUUGUGUGUGUCCAGCAGAUAUUGUAUCUGCAGAUUGAUUCAAAAUAAUCAGGCCCCAAAUGUAGCAAGCCCUACAAUCUAUGUUUUGCGAAAUUAAAGUCUAGGUGAUGCAUACAAUAUACAUGCUAUAGAUAUGAUGAUUAUCGUUUAUGUGCUAUAGUUUCACGAAGUCUCUACGUUUGGUUUUGAGGCCACAUGUCCUGAUUUUUUAAUUAUUUCUAAGCGAGAAUCUGUUAAAUGCCUUAGUGCACCGAUUUAGAAUUGGUAGUUUUUUAGAAAUUUUCGGUAAGGUCAGCCGAUUAAAAUACACAAUAAAAUGGAUGCAAUCGUUACUGGACCACCUUUAAUCAAUUAUACGGUCAAACAUACGUCUAGGUUACUUUUUCAACAAGUUUCACUAUUUCCGAAAUUUUAUACCCCGCCUACCUGACAGCCUAACUUCGCACAGAAAAUUCGAUAAAAAGCCGCUAAUCUGGCGAAGUUAGGCUGUUAUCCAGAUAAUAAUGGUAUUGACAGUUUUCCAUAAUACUAAAUUGACAGUUGCAGACAUGUGUUAUACUGGGUAAGAGAAACAUUUUCCGGGGCCUGAUUACAUUGACUCAUUCUGCAUCACUUUAUUAACUUUUUCCUGUUGUAACCUCCAGCGAUAUUUCCCCGAAUAGUUUUCUUAAUAAGAAUGAUCGCGCAUUGCUUUGAUCGCUUUAUUUGGAUGCAAUGACGAGUUUCUUCAACAACUAUCAAUUUGAAUAUUCUAAGUUUGUCUGUUUGUAAAAAAUAUUGCUCGGCUUAUCACGUGAUCAAGACGACGACUAUGAACGCUAUCCAGAGAGCGUUUUCAGGACCUGCCAGUACCUCUUGGAAGAGAAGGAAAAGAACUAACAGUCAAGUUUUGUCGAUGUCUAACGAAUACGACGAGGAUGAAUUUAUCGCUAGACAGUUUGGGGAUGAAAGAGGGUCCAACAGAGCGGAUAACGAUAAGGAGGAUGAGAAACCCGAGAGAGCCAAUCACCUGGAUCCAGGAGAAGGACCACCUCCUACUAAACCAGUUGCACCUGAAACACAUCCCUUCCGAGUGGGAUCCCCCGAUGAGAGCUUCUAUGACGAGGAGGAGGAUCCCGAGGAUGAGAUGCUGAAACAUCCUUUCAGUGAUUUUGUAGUGGACCCGACCGGGGAUCUUUACUAUGCUUGGCAGGGGAUAGUUGGUAUUUCUGUAUUCUACAACAUCAUUUUCACGAUAAUGAGGAUUGCUUUCGAACAGCUCGAGGCCUACCGAUGGCUAUUCUGGAUAGCUGAUAUUCUUACUGACGUAAUAUACGCAACCGAUAUGAUUAUUCAGAUGAACAUCUCUUACAUCGAUGAUGGAAUUUAUGUAACGGACAAACAACAGUUGAAAGAGAAUUACAUGCGAACUAAAAGGUUUACAUACGAUGCAGUAGCGAUCCUCCCCUUGCCUUAUGCAACUCUUGUCAUACGUUUCCUCUACUGGAUAUUCAGAUACCUUAUUGGACUCAAAGAUUUCGGGAUGACAGUUCCUAUAUCAGAAAUAACCUUGCUAGGAUUUUGUCGGUUGCCCAGACUGGCUAAAUACAAGGCACUCUCCGAGUUUUUCGCCAGUAUGGAGAGUCGAACUAAUGCUCCAGAUACAUUCCGAGCGUUUAACCUGAUUGUGUACCUGCUACUCAUUAUACACUGGAUAGCCUGUGUGUACUACUGUAUAUCCUGGUUUGAAGGGUUUGGUAUGAACAGUUGGGUCUACCCUGCUACUGAAGAGGGAGAUGACGAUCACAAGUUCCUCAGGAAAUACACAGUCUGUUUCUACUGGUCCUUCCUGACUCUAACAACUAUCGGUGGAAGCUCGGACCCUGAGACCAACCUCGAGUACCUCUUCACCGGUCUAACCUUCUUUAACGGAGUGUUCGUGUUCGCUGCUGUGGUUGGUAAUGUUGGAGAUGUUAUCAGUAAUAUGAACGCUGCUAGAACUGAGUUUCAGGCUAAAGUGGACGAUAUCAAAAGGUACAUGGUGCACCACAGAGUUCCCGACUCUUUACAAAAACGAGUUAAGAAAUGGUUCGAUUACUCCUGGGGCCGAACUCACGGUGUUGAUGAAUCCUCCUUGUUAGAAACUCUUCCUGAUAAAUUGAGAGCCAGGAUUCAGAUACAGAUCCAUCUCAAAACUCUCAAAAAGGUAACAAUAUUUGAGAAAUGUGAGACGGGUCUACUCUGUGAACUGGUCCUGAAACUCAGACCUCAGAUAUUCUCCCCUCGAGACUAUGUUUGUAGACGCAACGAAAUCGGGAAGGAAAUGUAUAUAAUUAAUCACGGAAAGCUAGAAUGUAUCGUGACAACAGAAUCAGGGGAGCGGAUAGUAGUCGCUACUCUAACUGAAGGGAAGUAUUUUGGAGAGAUUGCUCUCCUUUCGUUCGAGGGCAACAACAGGAGGACAGCUGAUGUUAGAUCUGUUGGAUACUCUGAGCUUCUCGUUCUAUCAAAGAAGGCUCUUAUGUCGGCACUGGUGGAUUACCCAGAAGCUAGAAAGCAGCUGGAAUAUCAGGCUCAGCUCCGGAUAUCAUCCAAUAGGAAGAUGAGCUCCGCUCUGAAGGAGAACUCAUCAGGUUCAGUUAAAACUAACGGCUCUGACUCCCUUCUCAAGAAAACCCUCCGAGGAAACGUUGAUCCCAAUAAAACCAGUUCUGAUCAUGGUGACAGACGCAGCAACAUGAGUGGUGGCCGUAAUAGCUUCCGCGAUAACAGGAAUGACAGCAGAGUAAACUUGCAACAAGUGCAACAACUGCAAUCCAGGCAACUUGAUGGACUCAAGACUGUUCUUCAAGAACUGAAAAGCUUCGACAGCAUGGCUACAAAACAGAAAAUCCAUCGUUUGGAAACCACGAUAAGCUGUCUAAAGAACAGCAUCAUAGCUAAGACUAACGAAAACGAGGAAGCCGUGGCUAAACUAAGGGCCUUACAAGAACUUCACACGCCAAAGCGGCCAGUCUCGGGGAAUGGUGUUAUCAGUAACGGACACGGUCUAACCAGUAAUGGGCACGAUACAAAACUGUCUCGAUCUAGUAAGUUGAGGAACUUAAGUGAUCGGCUGAACGAACAGGCUUCCUUGGAACAACACGUGUCAGAUAGAACGAGGAAAAUACUGGAAAAUAUGAGACGAGAGAGAUCACUCUCAAGUACAAGUCAAGCUUUGAAUACCUCACCCCAACCCAAUUUAAACAAUUCUUCAAGACGAUCGUCUCUUUCAAGACAAACCUCCUUUCUGAUAGAAGGAAAUCCAGAGCAGAAGGGAAGUGAUGAUCAGAGUGAUCAGAGUUCUGCUGCACGCGAUUCAACGCACACAUCAAUUUCGAACUUAGUCCGAGAAUGUGAGCUGCCAACCGUUAAAAAAUAUCUCAAACAAUCGGGUGAAACUGAAAGACGUGCUUUUAACCGAACUGAUUCCAAAUGCUCAAAGCGGCCAAAAAAGCGCCGUCCUUCCAAUUUGGCACAACUUGACACUAUCCCCGGUUCGAGCGGUGACGGCAGUAUAAGUCUACCUCGCUUUGAAUCUGGGCUUGCAAGAUGCCUUAUUAAUAAUCACAGCAAGCUCGUUUCUCCCGAAAGUGGUUUUGAAGAGUCGAACUAUUUAGAAGGUCCAGUUACUGUAAAUAGUUUAGAGGGUGAUAAUAAUCGUUCUACUUCUGUAGACUUACCCAUGGGUAAAAACCAUCCUCUUCUGUCCUCAUUUUCCGAGAAACCCAGAGAAGAUGAGGAAAAUAUACUGUCAGAUAGUUCCAGUGGUAGCUCAUCUAUAUCUUAGCAGCGAUUGUGGAUUGACUUGGCAGUUGUUUUCUGCUAUGAGAUCUUGUACAUUGUCUCCAAUUGAGUGUUUUAUAUUUUGAUCCAAACUACAGACGUGAAGUCUAACAAUUUUUUUACAUUUGCAAUUUUACAAUUUCAAGCACACGAGUUUUUAUUUCAGUAAAUUAACGUGCAAGCGUUAUUUAAUUA